CCCUCCGGGCUCACCCUGCACGCACUACAGAUAAGUUCAGAGGAAUCCUGCAGCACCGUCUCUCUCUCUCUCUCUCUCUCUCUCUCUCUCUCUCUCUCUCUCUCUCUCUCUCUCUCUCUCUCUCUCUCUCUCUCCUCGCCUUCAACUUCCACGGCUUGAGUGGCCCACUUGCACUCCUGCUGGCAGCCAAGGAAAGGAUCAUGUAAGGCAUCGCACAGAGCCCCCCAAAAGCGAAACAACAACAACAAACCCGAAUUUAGAGCGCGCGCGAGAGAGCAACUUUAGAGAUGUGGAUCUAUUUGGGUGCUUCGCCGCUCGUCAUGCCACCGGCUCGCCCCGUCCUACGCUAUCGACACUGGUACUAUUGCGUCGCCGCCGAUUUGGACUAGGAUCCCACCCGCUGGAGGAGGAGGAAGGUGGUGUCCCGAACACUUGACGCCCGUGCUGUAUGGAUGCCGCAUCCGUCCGGAUCGCCGAGAAGAGCGCCAAUUGGAAUGUCGCUCCAAGAUCUCAUGCCAUUCACUUUAAGUUGUUGGCCUCUCCUCUUCGCUCACUGCCUUCUUUCGCUUCUGUUACUCUCAUGUCAGGGAGAACUCCAGAGGUCAUGCUCACAGACCGUGGCAGAGAAAGUUAGCCAACAGUGCCAGCUGGCGUGCCACUGUCGAAGAUACCCUCCACUUCCCCCGCCACCGCCUCCCCCGCCUCCCCCGCGACUACUGGGCGCCACAGUGCCAGAACCCUUGGUGCCCUUGGCGAGACCCUGGUGGACAGACAUGGACUUUGUCGUGCUGGGAACAGUGGGCUGUGCCUCGGCGCUCUUCCUUCUCUCCGCCAUCAUCAUUUGUUACAAGGCCAUCAAAAGGAAACCGCUGCGUAAGGAAGAGAACGGGACAAGUCGCGGGGAAUACGCCAUGAGCAUCCGCACCAAGAAGGCCAUGGAAUCCAAGUUGCAGGAAACCCCUCCUCUUCUGCUUGGACUCCGGACACCAGUGAGCUGAAGAAAAGGUGGAAGGAAAUGCCAUGAAGGCAAGCGAGGAUGAAAGUCCCCCCCCCCCACCACCACCACCACCACCCACCCCACCCGAUGUGUGUCGUUGAAAAGCAUCACAGCAGGCUGAGCACUUGCUCUUAGUAAGAGCAAGUGUUGCUGACAGGCUGCCAUUCUGUCGGCCAGUCUGCCUCACAUCCAGACCUCACGCGUGCGAUCCAAGCGCAGACAAUAGAGCGGCCCCGCGGUGCCAUCACACACAAUAAAUAACGUGCAUGCACUUUUGAUGGAGAAUGCAACUUUUUUCCUUUUUUCUUUUUUUUUUAAAUAAUAUAUCCUUUGUUGCUUUUGCAUUUUUGGAGGCAGAUGCCUUGCAGGGAGGGGCAUGAGCUGACUGUCACUCCUGGCUCGGAGAUGUGCAUUCAUGACUAUGCAAUUUAAAGAAAUCCAUAUUUUGAAAAGAGCGAAAAAGAGGAGACAACAUCGACACCUUCUCAAGACUCAGUGUAUUAUACUUAUUCAUCUAUUUAUUUUCUCUAUUUAUUUUUCUACCAAAAGGGAUACUGUACAGUCUCAGCAUUUUGUUUCUUUUUUUUAAAUUUAUACACAAUUUAGUUUGGCCACUGAAUGCCGUUGACGGUGUCGUGGAGACACUGAUGCAGAAAACGGCGUCAUCUGUGUUUGACUUUUUGUGUUUCUGUCAACAUCACGGUGUGCUUCGGUGAAUGAGAGUUCUUUCUCUAUACUGCAUCGCACGUUAGUCCGCUUUUGAUUUUGGAAAGGUCAACUCAGUACUCGUUCUUCCUUACAAGGACAGUGGAGCCUCUAAGGUCCUACACAAUCCAUUCCGGAACACAAGUAGACCUCUGAACUGUUUGUAAUGCAUUUUUCAGAGGAAAUGAUUAAAAAUUCAAAUGUUCCAGUCAAAUUGUUGCCAUAUCAGUCUGCACAAGCAAUGUUUCCAGUAGCAUAUUGUGCCAAAACUGACAUCUUAAAUUUCCCCUCUGGAGAUCAAUAGAUCUCAUUUUAUGUUGAUCUUUAGAAAGCAAACUAGUUUAAUUUUGACACGUCCCUCAGCUUGUAAACAUUCUCCUUGAGUCCUGUGAUCGUUCUAUAUUACCACCCUUGUCCACAUGCUGCAAUAAGUUCCAUUUUGCACUCUAUGGUUAUCAUCACAUUUGUCUUAACCAUGCAAAAGAAUAACAGAAAAAACAAAAAAUGCAAACUCAAAUUGAUUUAAGAACAUUGGAUUUUAGAGGUUCCACUGUAGCAGACGUGUUGUGUGUGUGUGUGGAUUCGAUAGUCUUCAUCUUUCUAUGUGUGUCACCGAUAGUCUUCAUCUUUCUGUGUAUGUCACCGAGGACUCAUCCUCUAUCACCAUAGAAACCGAGGGGCUGACCUUGUGACCGAUGAGCGACAGGACGCUCGGCCAAUAGUCAGAGAUCAGGUUGCGCCCGUGUGUGUUUGCGCGUGUGUGCUGUCACAAGCAUCCUCGACAUCUCUUCUGGAAGAACACAACUGAAGUGGACUGGGGCAUGACUCAAUGCUGCUUUGCACUUUUUAGUUUUUUCAUCUUAAUUUAAUGUAUGUGUGUACAAAAUGCUAUCAAGUUUAGUUAUCGGCUAAAUCUGUUAAAAACAAAAAGCUUGCAUUUAGACAUGCGCAGGUAGGAGUCAACAAGCAGCCCUCAACCUAAACUGUGUGAGAGACGUGACGGAUGCAUGAAUGUAAAUAUCGCUAUUUAAAUAUUUGCCUUCUGGACUGUUAAUUCAUGCACAGGAACAUGUUUAUACAUACGUCAAAGGAAAACAACGUGCUACCAUUUAGACUCGUUAAUGUUGUCAUGUUGAUGGAACAAGCCAUUAAUGUAUAUAUGGCAAUCGAUAUUCCAAACACACACAAAUAGACACACACACACACUUUAUGCAUUACAACAAACAGAAAGAUCGAUGUGCAUACGUUGAUAUCCUUGCUGAGUUUUGUAAAUAAAAAUGUACAGAACAACAGA